AUGAAUCGAUACCUAAAACUUUUAUUCGCUAUCAUUUUCACCGCUUGCAUUCUAGCCUAUUCAAAUUUAUUCCAAUUUCAUGGUUACUGUAGCUAUGUGAAUUCUGAAAAACAGAUUUUUGAAAAUUCCACGUCUCCAGAAUUUCCGAAAAAUUUAAAAUUACGAGACAAAACUCUAGAAAAUUCUCUGGAAAUUUGUCGGGGUGACAAUUUGAAAGAGUGUAUUCCACCACUAAUGAAAUACAAACAACUGUACAGGACAUCGAGGCCGAAUAAUUUGGUGGCUUGUGUCAUUGAGAAGACAUUUUCGACAUUUUUAACGGCGAUUAUGUGUUUCUUACACGAUCAGAAAGCUUUUCGAGAGAGUAAUCGGACACUGGAAUCGGAUAUUUAUGGAGAGAGACUGUGCAAGGACAAAAACGAAUUCACAGAGCUCAAAAAAAUUGAAAAAUGGCAGAAAAUGUCAAUUUUCGCUGUUGUUCGAAAUCCAGUCGACCGUUUUGUGUCCGGUUUUACAGAUAAAUGUCUCAGAGAAAAAGUUUGGAGAAAGUACAAAAGUCGGUGUGCUUCGUGUCGAACUAAUUUGACAUGUUUCGUCGAUAAAAUGUAUGAUCGAAUGAUGAAGUUUGCAAAAAAUCCGUAUAAAGGAAUCGAUUUUGAUGAUAGCCAUUUCUUUCCGCAAUCUUGGAGAUGUGAAUUUUCAUCACAUCUGGUGAAAUAUCAAAUUUUACAAUUGGAUGGUCCCAAUUUUACGGAUCAAAUAUUGGGAUUAUUGGAGGAGAGAGGGGUGGAGAGUGAUGGGAUUCAAUUUAUCAACGCCAGCCUCCACUACCGUACUCCACACAGUACUCAGGAUUCGGUGGAAAGGGCUACUGUAGAGGAAACGGUUUUGAACAGUCCGUAUUUGUUGCGAAAAAUUCUACAAAUGUAUUAUUUCGAUUUUCUUCUUUUUGGCUAUCGCCUUCCCGAUAUUCCAGUUGUUUGA